AUGGAUCGAACCGGAGCAUCACGAAUUGUCAGCGGAGGACGUCUCAACAUCGCUCGCCACCCUGGUCUCGCUCUCGCUGCCGUCGCUGCAACGGGUAUCGUAGCUGCCGUGAGAUACCAACAAUCCGCCAUGAACCGCAACGAGAAAGCCCAGAAGAGCUCUGCCGAGCACCCGAACUUCUACGUUAGCGUCGAUAGGAGUGGUGGCGGGAUCUAG